AUGACCGCCCAGAUGCUUUUGUCUCAGUCACAGUCCAUGUCUCGAACAGUGCUCACUUUUUCACCCACCUCCCACAAUCCUCAGUUCUUCAGUCACCACAAAACCACCCAAUUGAAUGUUUUUACACCCAGAAAUCAAAAACUCAAAUUUCCCUAUGUUUAUGCUCUAAAAAUCCCAGAUGUCAAUGUUUUGGGGAAAUCCAGUUAUGGGAAAUCAGGGUCUUUCAAUUCCCAGUUGGUCAGUCACCAAACCAUGCAAUUGGAUAGUUUCAGACCCAGAAGUCAAAAGCAAAAGUUUCUGUCUUAA